AUGCCCGUCCCGCCCCCCCUCGUCGCCGUCCUCGCGAGCGUCGCGACCGCCCUGGCGCUUCGCGCGCCGCGCGCGCGCGUCGCGCCGCGCCCGCCCGCGCCGUCGUCGUCGCCGCGCGCGCCGCCGCGCUCCAACAAAUCGAUCGUCCGCCGUCUCUACCGCGAGGUGUGGAACAACGCCGACCUGGCGUCCGCGAACGCGAGCGCCGAGCGGUACGUCAGCGACGACCACGUGCUGAUCGAUCCGUCGAACCCGACGCCCGAGCCAGGGGUCGAGGCGUACAUGCAGCACGUGCGAGGGAAUCGCGAGGCGCUGCCGGAUUACGUCAUAGCGGUGGAUAACGUGAUCGAGGAGGGCGAUAAGUGCGUCGCGCAGCUGAGUUUCACGGCGAGCCUGAAUGAACGCACGGCGCGAUGGACGGGGACGUGCGUGAUGGAGUUUGAGAACGGAGCCAUCGUGAAGUCGUGGGUGAACACGGACGCGAUGAGCGCGAUGAUUCAGUUGGGAUUGAUGACGGAUUUGGUGCACACGGGAAGCCUGAACUCGAGGCCGGUGACGCACGCGCUGAUGGGACGAGACGAACCGCACCCGGAGACGGUGCUCACGGGGAAGGAGUGGCUGCAGUAUUUCGAGGAAGUGCACGAGAGUUGGGAACGGAGGUCCAUCGAUAGCGAGAGCGCGCGGUCGCUGCGAACGGAUAAAAAGUCAGGGCUGCAGGUUGUGAUUUAG